UAUUUCUGAGGGUCGGACGGUAUAUUGAACUCGUGUUGCGUUGCAAGUGCACAAUAGAAAAUUAAAUUUUUUAACAACAAAACCAUAAUACUGCGCCAAAUAAGCCCCACGAGAAUGUGCACGAAACUUGAAGGCAUUCAAUUAUAAUAGAAAGCACCGAAUUAUUAGCGGAGAGAGUGAAAGCAGAGCAGUGCAAAAUCUCGAAAUUAGUUGUACUAUAGAUAGCACAAGGAAAAACCAAAAUGGGAAACGAAACAUCACUGCCCAUGGAAAUGUGUUCCAAUUUCGAUGCCGAUGAGAUUCGACGCUUGGGCAAACGUUUCCGCAAACUGGAUCUGGACAAUUCGGGGGCAUUGAGUGUGGACGAGUUCAUGUCGCUGCCGGAGCUGCAACAGAAUCCGCUGGUGCAGCGCGUGAUCGACAUAUUCGAUGCCGAUGGCAACGGGGAGGUGGACUUUAAGGAGUUCAUCCAGGGCGUCUCACAGUUCAGCGUUAAGGGUGAUAAACUGUCGAAGCUGCGCUUCGCGUUCCGCAUCUACGACAUGGACAACGAUGGAUACAUUUCGAAUGGUGAACUUUUUCAGGUUUUAAAAAUGAUGGUGGGCAACAAUCUGAAGGACACGCAACUGCAACAGAUCGUGGACAAGACAAUCGGUUUCGCGGACAAGGAUGAGGAUGGCAAGAUAUCGUUCGACGAAUUCUGUUCGGUGGUUGGAAACACGGACAUACACAAGAAGAUGGUUGUUGACGUUUAAUAGGCUUACUGAGAAUCAUUAUUUUUAUAUGCAGUUUUAUUUAUUCUUUUGUACAUGCAUAUAUGCAUUCUUCUUUUUUUUGUCACGAUUACUCUCAUGAUAAUGUCACUUUUGUUGAUCAGCGAUCAGGGAUUCGCAUUGUUAUGAAGCUGCUAACGAGCCAUUUCAGUCAGCCAGUCAGUCAGUAAAUCAAUCAAUCAGUCAGUCAGUCAGUCGAGCAAGCAGUUACUCUUAAGUUGAAAAGUGAAAUAAUGCGCCUCCUACUUACUUCUUAAAUGUAUACAUCUAUAUACAUAUAUAUACAUGCAUAUAUAGUCAUAAUUUAUUAUACAAAUAUACACUUAAUGAACUUACAAAUCCUCAAAACAAAAUCAAAACUAAAACUUAAAACCAAUUACAAUCAAACUCCAAUCAAAGUGAAGGCAAAUAAAGAAAGCAAGCAUGGUUGAACUUGAACCCAUCCAAAGGAUCUUUCCAAUCGGCAAAGAGAGAGGUUCGUCGCGCCGCGUCACUUGUAUGAUUGUUGUCCCGCUUAUCCAAAUCGUGGUUUUUCCGGCUUUUCACACACACGCACACACACACAGACACACCUGAGCCGCCGCCUGAGCACGGCCAUGUGUCAUAGUUUAUGUUAAUUAUUUCUAAUUCUCCUGUGAUUUUGCCAAAAACAAAAAAAAUAACAAAAUUAAAAUGAAAAUGAUGAGAAGAGAAGAGAUGAAAAGAGAGCAGAGCAGUGAAGUGCAGUGCAGAAAAAGAGCAUGAGAAGAAGUGCUGCGUGCUCCUCUAUCGACUUAGUCUUAUUUACACAUUGUGUACUUUUUAUAUAUUUAUACAUACCUACUUGUACUAAUCGAAUGUUAUAAUCUACGUAUUUUUUAUAUCUCUUGACUAACUUGAAAAGAAGGCCACAUGUUCUUAAAUUCUUAGCCCCAACUACCCAACCUAAUCAAGCCUAACUUUACUCAAAUCAAUCGGAUAUAUUCUUAAGCAGAACUGCGAAUUACGGCUGCUCGAAAUCAAAAAAAAAAAAAACAAAAA